AUUUUUUUCAGCGAGCCUGUUCCUUCUGGUUGCUGGGCAACUAGACAGACGCUACGCGACCCUUCCGGAAGUGCGUGGCUCUGAGGAAAUAUGGCGCACGGGGCAGUGCACACGCCAGACGUGUGCAUCGCUUCAAUCUAUUCGUUCACUGCAUUUUGUAGUUCGAUUUUGGUCGCGUUUGCAGCUCUUGAAACAGUAAACGCCGACAACGCGUUCAGCGCAAGCCGCGCGGCUACAGCGCCCGUCGCUGCCGCGAGGGAUCUACGGUACCUUUUGUAUGAUGUAAACCCCCCGGAGGGUUUCAAUCUGCGGAGGGAUGUCUACAUCCGCAUGGCCUCCAUGGUGAAGACUUUGAGGAAGGAGGGGGAUGACUGGGUGUUGGUUCUGCCGCCAUGGGGUCGUCUCUAUCACUGGCAGAGUCCCAAUGUCCACCAGGUUCACAUCCCGUGGGGGGAGUUCUUCAGCCUCACCAGCCUGCAGGCCAAUGUGCCUGUCAUUGAGUAUGAGGAAUUCAUUGCGGAAAACGGAGGCCCAUUUAUAGACCAGGUUCUGGUACUGCAAAACUAUGCGGAGGGAUGGACCGAUGGGAAAUGGGAGGAAAAGGUUGAUGAGCGGCCGUGUGUUGACAAGUUGAUGUACUCCAAAGAUAAACAGGGUUACUACAGGGGCUGGUUUUGGGGCUACGAGGAGACAAGAGCUCGAAACGUAACGUGCAUAUCAGCCCAAGGCCACGCCUCGAUCAUGGCCCCGGUCCUUCAGAAAAACAUUACAGUGACAUCCGUUAUGCUUGACCGAGCAGAGACGCUUCUCCAUGAUCACUACGCCGGAAAGGAUUACUGGGAUACCCGUCGCAGCAUGGUUUUUGCCAAGCACCUGAGACUUAUUGGAGAUGGGUUCAGAGAAAAGUACCUGAACUCUACAGAUGACAGAGACCAUACCAUUUACAGUGAGGACUGGACCCGCAUGAAGGCCAAGCUAGGAUCAGCUAAAGGUGGCCCAUAUCUGGGAGUCCACCUACGCAGGAAAGACUUCAUCUGGGGUCACAGAGAAGAUGUACCAAGCCUUAAGGGGGCAGUGAAAAAAAUGCGCAGCUUGAUGAAGAAGCAUAAACUCGACACUGUGUUUGUUGCGACAGAUGCAGAUGAGGAAGAAUUGAGGGAGCUGAAGGGGUUGUUGCCAGACAUGGUGCGGUUUGAGCCUUCCAGAGAGGACCUGGAGCUCUUGAAAGAUGGAGGCGUGGCCAUCAUUGACCAAUGGAUAUGUGCCCAUGCGAGGUUCUUCAUAGGAACGUCAGUGUCCACCUUCUCUUUUCGGAUCCAUGAAGAGAGGGAGAUCUUGGGUUUUGACCCCAAAGCUACAUACAAUCGUUUCUGUGGGGACACGGAAAAAGAUUGUGAACAACCCACACACUGGAAAAUAGUGUUUUGAUGUGUUGAAUUACUUUCCUGACACACACAAGUGCCAAACACAGUGUUAAAAGUGACUUAUAUUUGUAUGGGAUAUACAACAUAUUUGAACUGUUUUAUGGUGUAUUUUUUCACUUUUUGAGGUGUCAGAGUUGUGCAAUCAACCAGCCUCAACCUCAAGACUGCAACAUUCAAUGAAGUGUUUUUGGGGUUGAAUGUGGAUCCUUCAUGACAGCCUGGUGUUUUACAAAAUAUAUUUAUUAUCAGCACUAUGAUGAGAAAGUGUUGUAUAAUGACUGCUGUAAAAAAAUGUUGUAUUCCAGUAUUCUCAUUUUAAUAUAAUUUGUGGGAUAUUAGAAGAUGUUCUAAUCCAAACAUCUAAGCAUCUAAACAUUGAAAGUGACGUUAUGGGUUACUCAGCAGGUAUUUAAAGGAGUUCAUCCCGAGCUUCUCUGUGCUUUUUUUUAUAUAGCCAGUUUGGCCUGACGUGCAUGUUUGUGUUCUCAAACCAGACUAGAAGUUAUCACAUUGCCAUCACUGUGCUCAUUCAGAUUAGAUUAGCACAUUAGAUUUGCUCUGAAUUUGGAAACCAGCACUGCGUCUUCUUUUUUUAAUAUACAAUUUGGUUUAUCAAAGAUGACACCACAUGAGUAUAAAGGAGCUUUCAGAGGUCAUGCCCAAAGCUUAUUUUCUAGGUACUUUAAAUCCAUUUAAUGUUUUUAUUUUCGUUUGCUCGCAGUUUUGUUCAGUCUUUUUAAGCACGUCACCUCCCUCUUGUGCACUUGCAUAUGUGUCCCCGUGCCUUUGCACAAUAUACACAAAUCAAGUAGGUCGGUUUACUAAAACACUAAGCAAUAGUGUCACCAAUGGUUGAAGAUACAAAUAAAAAAGCAGGCAAUUACCAGUCCACAUUAUACUUGUGCUUCCAACGUAUCUGUGUUUGUGUUUCAUACUUGUAUGUUGUACCAGUAUUGAGAAUAGUUUUGUUCAACUACACUACAAUAUUAUGGUUUUGGGAAAAUAGGAAAUAUGAUGGAUACUGUAAAUAACAAUAUCAAGUCAGCCCAUUGUUAUUGUAUGUGAGAUUGACCAUAAUAGUGUUAUUGUUUGAAAGGAUUUGAGAAGCCACAAAGCAACCCCUGUGAUUUAUGGAUGACACUUUUUUUUUUUUUUUUCAUUUCUGCAGAUGCCUGGAUUUUGAUUAAAAUCUGUGUGGCAUGUGCCGUUGUCUCAGGACUUUCUUUGUACAGUAGUUGUUUUGAUGUUGAAUAAAACAGCUUUAGCAGAAU